UUAGGGAGGUUUGUUGGGAUACUGAAGCACCAGCGACAGUGCUAAAUUUUUAGGAUCAGCGUUAUCAGCGGCCGUGAAGUAAUCCCGAAGCUCCUGUGGAGCGUUUAAAACAGCUUCACGAAAAGGGAUAUACUGAGCAAAUUGGUGAUCAUCCGAAGGGUCGGUAAAUACCACAACAGCCACAAGCUUUUUGGUGAUAGGGUGCUCACAGACAACACUUACCUUCACUGCUUUGUAUCCUUUUCGAAAACCAUCUGUUUCUCGCAUGAUGUACUUAAAGGCAAGUUCGGGGUCAAUGGUAUCCACUCACACUUGUUUCAUUACUUUCUUCCUUAAUGUUUUCGUUGGAAGAGUCAUUAACAAAUUGUUCCCUCUCUCCAUUUGUUCCUACUUCAUCAUCUUCGCUGGAGGUUGACGUCCAAUUAAUACGCUUUUUCAAGCUGGAGCUGGCUUUGUGCUUCUUCUUCUUGCGUUGUCGAUUAGGACUUCGAGGCGGAACAGCAUUCUUCAUAGCAGGUGGUGAGCGAGAUCGGUGCUUGAUGUUAGGAAGCUCCGGUGAGGGCUGUUUAUCUUCUUCCUCAGAAGCGCUUGUACUGGAACACAAAUUUAUUUCCUUGCAAGACUUUUUACGAUGCUCCUCGUCACUACUGCUCCUUCUUGAUUUCAAAGAACGCUGCUUUUGCUCUCCGUUCUGCUUCCAAUUUUCGUUUUCUAGCAAUGAUUGCUUGUUCUUCCAGCCUCUUUGCGCGUUGCUUCUUCUUUAAUUUCUCUAGACGUUCGAAUUCCUCUAUUAAUUCUGGGCAGUGCUAG